GCACCCGCCACCCGGCUACCUAUAGUUGUUUUUGCAUUUUACACGGUCAGACGCAUUAUCAAUUAUCAUAUUUUAUCGUUCUCCAUCGUCAUUAUAUCGUCAUUUUCCGCUUAAAAAUUGUAAAUCGUAAUACGCAAUGCCCAAAAUGAACGGUCGAUUGAAUUGUACAUGACAGUGUACGAUGUGGAAAUCGCCACCUUAAUUCUCAGACGCGCCAAAAUAGUUUCGCAUAUGUGAUCGCUGCGCACUGUCUGUCGAGCGUUUCGUUCUCGCGAAGCUGUAUUAUUUAUUCAUUUUUAAUAUCGAGUGUGAUAUUAGAGGUCCACAAUGAAGGCAUCGAUAUGUAUUCUAUUUCUUGUGCUUUGCGGCACGGGACUCAAUAAUGGCGAAACAAAAAUAGUUCUACUGAAUUCCUCCCCACCGAUUGCAGCUGACAAUGAAGUCAAGAAUGUUUCAAAUUCCUCAACUACCCCAGAAGUGUCGACGGUCGUGACCAAUGAGACGAAUACCAAUAUGACUGAAAAAUCAACAGUCGUCACACCCGGUGAGCCUGUAUUGCCAAAAAAAGGAUCUGCUGAAGAAGAACGCAACAGUUCAAUCGCCAUUUUCUUUGUGCUCAGUGUUCUUGCUCUAGGCAUACUGCUCAUUCAUCUCAUGUUGUCCACACAUUUUCAGUACCUACCUGAAAGUGUGGUAAUUGUGUUUCUUGGUGCUGUUAUUGGUCUCAUUAUUAAUCUCAUGUCUGAACAGCAUAUUGCUAAUUGGCGCAAUGAGGAAGCAUUCUCUCCAACAGCAUUUUUUCUCGUCUUGUUACCACCAAUUAUAUUUGAAUCUGGUUACAAUUUACAUAAGGGAAACUUUUUUCAAAACAUCGGUUCUAUUCUAGUGUUUGCUAUUAUUGGCACCACUAUAUCGGCUUUAGUUAUUGGUGCUGGUAUCUAUGUCCUUGGCCUAGCUGAGAUAGCGUACAAAUUAAGUUUUGUUGAAAGCUUUGCGUUUGGAUCGUUAAUUUCAGCUGUUGACCCUGUAGCCACAGUAGCUAUUUUCCAUGCGUUGGAUGUAGAUCCUGUGUUAAAUAUGUUAGUAUUUGGAGAGAGUAUAUUGAAUGACGCAAUUGCCAUCGUAUUGACUACAUCAGUAUUACAGUCCAACGGACCAGCUAUGAGCACUUCUGAAGCUGUACUGACAGGCAUCAAGCAGUUCUGUUUGAUGUUUUUUGCUUCAGCUGGUAUUGGAGUAAUAUUUGCAUUAAUAAGUGCACUGUUAUUGAAAUAUGUAGACUUAAGGAAAACACCUUCAUUAGAAUUUGCUAUGAUGUUGGUGUUCACUUAUGCACCGUAUGUCUUGGCUGAAGGCAUUCAUUUAUCGGGAAUAAUGGCUAUUCUGUUUAAUGGAAUUGUCAUGUCACAUUACACUCAUUUCAAUUUGUCGACAGUCACACAAAUUACAAUGCAACAGACAAUGAGAACAUUGGCAUUUAUAGCAGAAACUUGUGUAUUUGCUUAUCUUGGACUAGCAUUAUUCAGUUUCAGAUUACACUUUGAACCGGCUUUAGUAAUUUGGAGUUUAAUUCUGUGUUUGAUUGGACGAGCUUGCAAUAUAUUCCCAUUGGCUUAUUUGUGCAAUAAAUUCAGAGAACAUCAAAUUACGAAAAAUAUGAUGUUUAUUAUGUGGUUUAGUGGUUUAAGAGGAGCUAUUUCAUAUGCAUUGUCAUUACAUUUAGAAUUCAGUAAUGAAACAAGACAUGUGAUAAUCACAACUACAUUGUGCAUAAUAUUAGUCACAACUUUGUUGUUUGGUGGUUCAACAAUGCCACUAAUGAAGAUUUUGCAAUCAUCAAAAGCUGGGAGAAGCACUCGCCGUCGAAGAAAAGACAAAGCUAUAUCUCUUAGUAAAACAAAAGAAUGGGGGCAAGCAAUUGAUUCUGAACAUUUAUCAGAACUGACUGAAGAAGAAUUGGAAGUUAAUUUCAUCCAAUCAAGAAUCAGUGGAUUUGCUAAAAUGGACAUAAAAUACUUUAUACCAUUCUUCACCCGGCGUUUUACACAAGAAGAAUUGAAAGAUUGUAAAACACAGAUGACCGAUUUAACUAAUCAAUGGUAUCAGGCAAUUCGUAUAUCACCAACUGCAUCAGAUGAUGAUAAGACUGCAAACAAUGGACAGCCCCAGACAUCUAGCCGUCAAUCUAGUUGACAAUUACAGCAACCACCAGUUGUGAGGCAAAGUAAUAAUUUGUUAAGUGACAUUCAGAGCUUGUCUGCAUCGAGUUUACCACAUACGACCAGCCAACCGCAAUAAUUUUAACAACUUUACUAUUCAAUGUACUUAAUGUAUACUACAAAUAUAAACAGAAUUUAUUCCAACUAUUCUGAUGGCUAAUUCACAAAUCUAUAAUGACUAUUGUGAAUUAUGACUCGGAAAAUUUGGUGUAAUUGAAAUGUACUUUAACACUUGAAGUCUGAAUAUAAACAACACAUUUAAUUGCACAAAUUUAUACUGUUAAUGUUAUACUCUAGAAUUUUUAAAAACAAGUGUGAUAGUCAUUAUAAUUUAUGUACUUUUGUAAAGUUCAUAACAUUCUAUUUAUUUUUUUGUUUUCGUUUAAAUAUUUAGUUUAUCUUAUAUUUAUAAUUAUUUCUAUAUGAUGAAAGUAACUGCCUUGAAAUUAAUAACUACAUAAUAUAUAUAUUUUGAAAAAUGCC